GUGUAUCAUCCCACCCAGUCAAAAAUUCAAAAUGGAUGGACAACCACACAACUCCAGCAAGGCUCUGUAUUUAAUCACAAAGCAUAUUUAAUACACCAUUUUAAAAAAAAUUUGAAGCUGCCAAAUUGAUCAGAGCAAAAAUGGCUGCAGCAGACAUUUCUUUAUCUCGACCUCUUCUUCAGAGAAAGGAGAUUUCCUCGUCUUCUUUCCUGCCUCAAAAAUCAGUCAAAUUUAACUUCAAAAGAUCAAAUGCGAAGAAAGAUUUUCGCCUUCCUAAAAUUUCGUGUUCAGUCUCUCCCAGUCAAACUGAGACGCCAACUGCUGCGCCUGAUAUCACCCUUACUCCGGAAGGAAACAAGAAAGAGUGCUUUGGCGUAUUCUGUCUCACCUAUGACUUAAAAGAGGAAGAAAAACCAAAGUCAUGGAGGAAGUUGAUAAAAGUUGCAGUAUCAGGAGCGGCAGGAAUGAUAUCAAAUCAUCUUCUAUUCAAAAUUGCCUCCGGUGAAGUUUUUGGACAAGAUCAACCAGUUGCAUUGAACCUAUUGGGAUCUGAGAGGUCAUUCUCAGCUCUUGAAGGUGUUGCAAUGGAGCUCGAAGACUCUUUAUAUCCUUUGCUGAGAGAGGUUAGCAUAGGUGUGGAUCCUUAUGAUGUUUUUCGUGAUGCUGAUUGGGCUCUUCUCAUUGGAGCAAAACCCCGUGGUCCUGGAAUGGAACGAGCAAACUUGCUUGACAUAAAUGGAAAAAUUUUUGCAGAGCAGGGAAAGGCUCUUAAUGCUGUUGCAAGCCAGAAUGUAAAGGUCAUUGUUGUUGGCAAUCCAUGCAACACAAAUGCCCUGAUUUGUCUUAAGAAUGCUCCCAAUAUUCCCCCUAAGAAUUUUCAUGCACUGACAAGACUCGAUGAAAAUAGAGCCAAAUGUCAGCUUGCACUCAAAGCUGGAGUUUUCUAUGAUAAUGUAUCAAACAUGACAAUCUGGGGAAAUCAUUCGACAACUCAGGUUCCAGAUUUUGUCAAUGCAAAAAUCCAUGGAAUACCUGUCCCAAAAAUUAUCACCGAUACCAAAUGGUUGGAAGAAGAAUUCACUGAAAAAGUUCAGAAGCGUGGAGGUGUCUUGAUAAAGAAGUGGGGAAGAUCUUCAGCUGCAUCCACAGCUGUGUCAAUUGUAGAUGCUGUAAAAUCACUCGUCAUCCCUACUCCUCCAGGGGACUGGUUUUCUUCAGGGGUGUACACCACUGGGAAUCCUUAUGGAAUUGCAGAAGACCUUAUCUUUAGCAUGCCAUGCAGAUCAAAGGGAGAUGGAGAUUAUGAGUUGGCAACCGACGUUCUCAUUAAUGAUUUCCUCCGUGAAAGAAUAAAGAAGAGUGAGGAUGAGCUUCUGGCUGAGAAGAGGUGUGUUGCUCAUCUGAUUGGAGAGGGAAAUGGUUAUUGUGAGUUGCCUGGCGACACCACUCUUCCAGGAGAGCAAUAGGCAUUGAAUGGCUUCUCGUAGACAACAUUUGUUUCUCACUAGGCAGAUGAGUGGAUUAUUUUAAUAGUACUUCUAUAGACAAUAUGAUUCUUAUCUUAUUAGAUAUGAGCUGGCAUUGGAAAUAACAUUUUUGGAAAUUGAAAUUGAAAGUGGCACCGGAUGACCAUAUUAAUUAUUGAGCACAUUGAAAUUUGGGAGCAAUACAGUGUACACAAUAGAAUAAUUAUCAGGCAGAAGUAGAACUUUUAUGUCACGGUAUACCAAUAUUUCUGCUUUGACAUGGAGCUAUAAUGGAUGAUUGAGCUAUAAAAUGCAUGUGAAGCUAUAUAAAGUCAAUAAACAUGUACCAAGUGAGCAUAUGAAUACAAUUUAUUAGAACUAUUUUUUUUCAA